AUGAAGUUGUGUGAUGGGAGAAGAUUGAUUGUGAUCUUUUCCUACCUUCCGGUGGUAGUGAUUGCUAGUAUCUAUCGCACUGGGUCUCAUGAGCACACGAAAGAUGACAUCAGCACAAUUUUAGAGAGAAGAGCCUAUGAGCAAGGCAGAGCUAAUGCAGAAGGUCAGAGAAUGGAUCAAUCAGAUUUAGCUAACAUUGCUCCAAAAGCGUGGCAAACUGGGAGAGGCGGACAAGUAAAGCUCUCAAGUGAAGAGAAAAAGGCAAAAAGGGCAGCAAAUGCAAAAGCGUAUCCAAAAAUGUUGACAAAUAAAGGACUUGAAGAGGCCAGGAAAACUUUAUCUGCCGAAGAAUACGAAAAGCUAGAAAAGACUUCAAAAAUUCGAAGGGAGAAACAAUCACAUGCAAGUUCAAGAUAUUAUCAUCGAAUGAGAGUACGCUUGGAUACUGGAAAGGCAACGGCUAAAGACGUAGAAAUUUUGCAGAGACAGAAAGUUUACAAUGAUCAGAGAAACACCAGGGCAAGGCAGAAAACAGCUGAAAGACGUUCGGAAGUUGAAAAAGAAGAAUUAAAGAGAGUAGCUAAAAGAAUAAAGCUUCAGAAGGAAGAAGAGAUUCAGGUAACAAACCGAGCCGUUCUUGCUCAACUAUUUCCUCCUUCCAAAACUACUACAAAAUUACAGAACACACAUACAAUGCUUACAUCAAGAACCUUGAUCCUUGUUCUAAUUCUAUCGUUCCACUUUGAUUUGCCAAUCAUAUCUGGAAGAGAUUUAGAAGGUACUCAGACCAUUGAUCUAAUCAAAAGAGCAUCUAGUGGUGAUGAACAACAGCAAAGCGCACUUCAUGCCGACCAAGAACUUAGCAAGGCAGAGAAGAUCAAGGAGCGAAAAGAGAAACGAAGAAAUAACAGAGCCAGACUGACUAAGAAAGGAUUAGAAGAGGCAAGCAAGACAUUAUCUCCCGAAGAUUUUGCAAAGUUGAAAAAAGCUGCAGAAAGACGAUCACAACUCCAGAACGGAUACUAUAGAACCUACCGAGAAAGGCGUAAGCAACGUUUUGCAACGGGAACACAAACUUUACAAGAUGAAAUACAAGUUGAAAAAGCCAGAGAAAGAGACAGAAAUAGACAAAGAGCAGGAAAACUAAUCACGAAACUUUCACUUGCACCACCAAAACCAUUUGUACGAGAAAUCGAAAUUGAAAAUGCUAACAGAGCCGCACUUGCACAAUUAGCCUUUGAUCAAGACGACAUGAUACAAGAUGCAUCAGGAUCAAAACAAGCUCCAGGUUCAGGUAGUGCGGGCGCAUUCAAGCAAAGCAAGAAACGAAAUUGGGAUGUAAAAAGACCAAUGACCGACGAGCAGAAGGAGUUUCACAAGCAAAGAGUCAAGGAGUAUAAGCGUAAUUUGUCGUUGAAAGGUCUCAAAGAAGCCAAGAAACAUGUACUCCUGAGGCGGAGAGUACGAAAGCAGAGAGUUGCAGUAGCCGAUGAUGAUCAUGGAGAAAGAGAAAAUGCAACUCAAGCUAAUUACUUUGGGUAUUUGCAAGAUGACCACAGAUCAAACAAGAUACGUGAGAUCGAGGAAAAAAAAGAAAGAAGAAGAGAAUUUGUUCGAAUUUAUAGAGCCAGUCAGACUAAGAAAGGAUUGGAAGAGGCUAGAAAGACAUUAGAACCUGAAGCUUACGCAAAGGUCAAAAAUGCUGCAGAAAGACGAUCACGGCUCCAAAAGGGAUACAGUAAAUCCUAUCGAAAAAGACGUAAACAAAGAUUUGCAAAGGAAACAGACACUCUACAAGACGCACAAUCAUCUGGAAAAUUCAAGGCUAGCAGCAAAGAAAGACAAAGAGCUAGACAAAUCAAGAAACUUCCUCUCAGGCCACCGAAACGAUCUGCACGGGAAAUCGAGAUUGAGAAUGCUAAUAAAGCCGCGCUUGGACAAUUGUCUGGACCUUCUUGGCUUUUCAAAAAGCCUACUUCUGUAGCUGCUACCGCUGCAAGUACGCAACGCAAGAAGCGAAAACCGAGAACCGAAGAGCAGAAAGAGAAAUACAGGCAAAAGUCUAAAGAAUAUAAGCGGUCGCAAUCGUUUAAAGGUCUAAAAGAGGCCAAGAAGCAUAUGACCCCUGAAGCCUAUGCAAAAUUGGAAAAGUCCGCCGAAAGAAAGAGGUUUCUUCAUAGAGGAUACAGGAAGAAGUAUCUUGAAAAACAAAAAGCACUGGGGGUCGACGCAAAACGAAAGCCUCUUUAUAGGGCUACUGCAACUGAUACUUUAACAUUGACAAAUUCUGAAUGGCAAAGCACGCUGAUAGUUCGAGGCGAUGAUGCAAGACUAAGUAAGAGGGCCUUUGAUCAAGAUGAUAACACCCAAAAUGCAUCAGAAGCGCAAAAAGCAUCACAACCAACUAAAGUAACCGGAACAGCUCAACGGAAGAAACGAAAAUGGGGUGUAAUCACACCAUUAACCGAAGAGCAGAAGCGAAUUAACAAGCAAAAGGUCAGAGAAUAUAAGCGUAAAUUGUCAUUUAAAGGUCUAAAAGAUGCUAGAAAACAGAUGACUCCUGAGGCUUACGCAAAAUUAGAGGAAUCCGCCAACAGAAGGAGGCUUCUUCAAAAAGGCUACAAGGCGAAAUUUCUCGAACGACAAGAAGAAAGGUGGUACGGGAAGGAAAAAAGUGUUUCCCCAGCCACUAAACAAUUAACCGUUUCCCCGACCACUGUCACUCCGGAGAGGAAAGCUUUGCAACGAUUAGCUAUCGAACGUGCAAAUAAAGCAGCCUUUUCUCAGCUAGGGUCGUCUUCUUUCAGGUCAAGAAUUCACAGUGCUGAUGCAAAUAAAUCUAACAACCCGAAAAUUCAAGACUCAAGUUCAGAGAAACACAGCAAACCGGUUCCGAUGGUAUUGGUCAAGAGGGCAUUCGAGCAUGAUGACAAGCUAACAGGACAAGCCAGCAAAGACCAAACUCGCUCGUCGAGCAGCUCUGGACAAGGUGCAUAUAGCCGCACACCGAUUGGAACAAAAAGAAAGCAAGAUGAUGAACCAAAACAGGGCGAUCAUUCGACGAAAAAGACGAAAUUUCCGAGCUUUUCCAGAAAAACCUUGGAAGAAGCCAAAGGCAGAUUAUCACCCAAAUCGUAUGCAAAGCUGGAAUUGAUGGCCGAAAAACGCAGAGAAAGACAAAAAAUACAAGCACGAUUAAUACGAGCAGAACGUAAAUGGCGUUUAGCCACAGGAAGAGGAACAGAUCAAGAUGUACGCACAAUGGAUAUUUUGCAGAAGCAUAGAAGGAAAGCAAAAGCUAUACGAACGGAAAUUCGUUCGAAAAAGAAGGAGGAAAAGCAAGCUGCUGAAAAAGCAAUUUACCUACGCAAACAAGAAAAAGAUGUUGAACAAACAAACCAAGCGGCACUUUUGCAGAUUACGACUGCUUUCGAGCCACAUAAACAAUCGAAUAAGGAAACGCAAAAGCACAGCAAAGAUGCACACUGUUUGCCUGCAAAAACACCGUCAAAGGAAUCUAAAGCAUCUUCAAAAGCUUUGUCAAAUGUUGAACAAUCAUCCACCGCCACUACUCAGCCGAAAGGCAGAACAUUUGGAAAAGCAAGUCGUAGUAAAAGUUAUCAGCGUUAUCGGGAGCAAUUCAGUAAAGAAUCAAUCGAAAAAAAAUCAAAAGAGUUGCAAGGAAAAGAAUUGAGUGAUUUUCUUGCAAGGGCGGAGCAUUUUCGUAAAAGAAAGAGCGCAGAGUCUAUAAAAAGCAAGAAGAAAGCUCAAAUGAGAAAAACAGAUGCAAAGCUAGCAAAAAGUAUAGAAGCUGAGAAAGCUGCAAAAGAGAAGAAAGAACAACUUGCUGCUGCGAACAAAGCCGCUUUCAGCCAGAUAUAA